AGACAUUGGCAGCGUCGCGGGUGCAAGGCUAAUGGUGCUAACCCGUUUACUUAUCAUAGAAUUCAUUCACCACAUCAUGUAACAACCACAACCUUGUGUUUAACAUGAUUGAAAACAACUCAUGGCAACGCCGUAGUGGCGCUGAACAGUUUGUAGAUGCUAGCUUUAGCUGUCAUGUAGCACCGUAGCUAGCCAAAGAGCUAACGUAGCCUUUUCAUUUUCAGUCAGCGGUUAAGGCAGUAAACUCGCUAACGUUGGGUCAACAUGGCACGGGUUGUUAAAUAAACGGCGAAUUCGUUAAGCUGUUCAUUAGUAUGAACCACUCUCAGGUAGCUGAUGAAAGGUUACUUGGCCAAAAGCUAAUGUUGGCUAAAUUUCCUCGACUGUCAUACGUGCCUUGGUUAACCCAGGGGCUAGCAUUGGCUAGCUAACAGCUAGUUAAGCUAAGUUUGACAAUACCGCUGUAUUGGGCUCAUUUUAUGUUAUAUCUUUCCAAAAUAAACUUACGCGUAUUCAGAUUACCGGGCUUAAGAGGUACGGGCACACCUGUAUUCGUCGGUAAGGUUACAACAACUGUUAUUCAAAUGAUACGAUCCUCAAUUUACACACCCACACAUUCACACACGCCAUCAAGUAUUUCCCUUCACCGACUGUCUCAGUAAACAUCGAUGCAAUGGACAAUAAUAACUACAGUAAUGUGGUACAGGUGCUGAUCAGCCGUUUAAGAAGUGACACGGGUGUAACGUUAUCAAGUGACCGACCACCUCACAUGACCCCUCAGAGAAACUAUGGCUGCCGACAUCAGCAGUCUCGUAUAAUCCCCAGCAGAAGUUAAUCAUUUGUUCCAUGAUCAUGGUCAGUCCUGUGGUUUUUAGAGUGUUGAUCAUUCUGAACAACUGCACCGGGGUCUGUGUUGUCCAAAGACAAAAAAGGCUUCACGUGUCAUCACUGCCAUUACUGUCAGGACUGGUGGUGUGUGGGUGAUAUCAUUGGAAUUGGAUUGCUAUGGCAAACCCUCUUGGAUGCUUUGCCUGUGGAAUGGAAAAUGGAUUUCGUGUGUACAACACCGAUCCUCUCAAAGAGAAGGAGAAGCAAGAGUUCCUGGAGGGCGGAGUUGGCCACGUGGAGAUGCUGUUUCGGUGUAACUAUUUGGCACUAGUGGGAGGAGGGAAGAAACCCAAGUAUCCAACUAACAAAGUAAUGAUCUGGGAUGACCUGAAGAAGAAGACAGUUAUUGAGAUUGAGUUCUCAACAGAAGUUAAGGCAGUGAAGCUUCGACGUGACAGGAUUGUGGUGGUCCUGGACUCAAUGAUCAAAGUGUUCACCUUUACCCACAACCCCCAUCAGCUGCAUGUGUUUGAGACCUGCUACAAUCCUAAAGGUCUGUGUGUGCUGUGUCCUAACAGUAACAACUCUCUGCUGGCGUUCCCCGGGACUCAUUCAGGCCAUGUGCAGAUAGUGGACCUGGCCAACACAGAGAAGCCCCCAGUUGACAUUCCCGCCCAUGAGGGGUCGCUCUGCUGCAUCGCCCUCAACCUGCAGGGCACAAGGAUAGCUACUGCAUCAGAGAAGGGGACUCUUAUACGAAUUUUCGACACGUCUGCAGGUCAGCUCAUACAGGAGCUGAGACGAGGCUCUCAGGCAGCUAACAUUUACUGCAUUAAUUUCAACCAGGAUGCGUCCCUCAUCUGUGUGUCCAGUGACCACGGCACAGUCCACAUCUUUGCUGCAGAGGAUCCCAAAAGGAACAAACAGUCGAGCUUGGCAUCGGCCAGUUUUCUUCCCAAAUACUUCAGCUCGAAGUGGAGCUUCUCCAAGUUCCAGGUCCCCUCAGGUUCUCCCUGUGUGUGUGCCUUUGGUACGGAGCCCAAUGCUGUCAUAGCCAUUUGUGCUGACGGCAGCUACUACAAGUUCCUGUUCAACCAGAAAGGGGAGUGUUCCAGAGACGUCUACGCCCAGUUCCUGGAGAUGACGGAUGAGAAAAUCUGAUCUUUGACCCAUCUGCAGACCUGCUAUUACACCGCCUGUUCUCUCCGGUUUCUUUUUUUCAGUUGCGUUUACAUUUUGGAGGAGACAGGAAAUGUUCCCCGUGGCACUUCUCCUUAUCUUGACAGACUCUGUGACGGAGCACGAGAUGAAGGGAGGACAAAGAAAGAGAAGCACAGACUCUGGAGGAACUGUUAAUGUGGACAGAUGGAAUCACCAACAGGGAUGCAGACUUUUGUCUCACAGUCUCGUGAGGACUGUCUCUGGACAGAGGGACACACACACGCCGACUCUAUUCCCCCCCCAAACACAACAGAAAAGAGGGAAAGUUAUUUUUUUGAAAGAACGACAGCUUUUUAAGACGUCUUCCCAGGAAUUUACAAAGGAUGGCUAUUUUUUAUCACAUAGAUGAUUCUGAUAGUUAGAAGGAUUGAAAAUAUUAAGAUUUUUGUCAACUAACACCACCUAACUAUAGGGAGUGCCUCUGAGACUGGAGAGAAUCUGUAUGUGUGAACAUAUUAAUGUUGUCAUAUAUACACGUGUGUGUUUGUGUAUAUACACCGAUGUACCAUAUUAGGCGUUUGCAAAGCAGGAUCAGAACGAGGUGAAUGGUUUUCUCCACCUCUGCCUUUACAGUUUAGGAACAUUGGAGCCACGCUAGUAUUAUUAGAUUUUCUUAUAUUCACUGUAUAAACACAAUGCGCCAGACUGAACUUCUAAAUACCUAGAAUUGUACAAAAUAUUAGCAAAAAGAAAAAAUAACAUGUAUUUUGUUUCUGUCUUCCUUCUUUUUUUUUUUUUUUUUCAUACGUUGUGCAAUAUGUGUUCUGAGAUGCUUGUGAAAGUUGAGUGUUGUUUCCGCCCACAUAAGAAAAGCUUAAAGAAACAGUUAGACUUUUAUUUGGAAAUGUGUCUGCUUCACUUUCUUGCCAGCUUUUGUCCGGAUCAAACAAACGAGAAAGAAUGUGGUUAGUGAGCUUUAGAGAUGAUAAGCUUGCCUCCCUGUUUCCAGUCUUUAUGCCCAGCCAAACCAGACUUUAUAUAAAGAUGAACGACACGUCUCCACUUCCUGUCGAUGUACGGAUAUUACCCCAAAUAUCGGUGCCGCCAUCUUGCAGUUUUGACGUGAUUUGGAGCCGGAGUCUGCGCUUCAGUGAUGGUGAAAUUCAGCCGCAGGAUUGGGCUGCUUCACGCCUUCAACCGAUCACAAGUCAGUCUCAGCUGUCAAUCAUGUCAUUUAACAACAUUCUCUAAAUCCAACCAUGAACACUUGAAUAUACAUCAAUGUGGUGAGAAAAUGACAGAACCCAAAUUAUUUGACGAGUAUUUUGACUUUUUAGUUUGAUCAGCAUCAGUCCCAUCUGCAAAGAUGGAGGAGGCAGGGUUUAUGACUUAUUCUGCAGCCAACCACCAGGGGGCGAUCCUGUUGAUUAGGCUUCACUUUCAGGAAGCUGUCACGUCCUCCAUCUUUAUAUACUAUCUUUGAGCCAAAUCUAGCUUAAAUGUUCAGUGUGUAGAAUUUAGUGAUGUCUAAUGGUGAAGUUGCAUUUUGUGGUAAAGACGUCACUAUUAUUUUAUUUUUCAAUUCCUGCAAAUAGAUCCCUUUCACCUAAAUCUCACACACUGAACGUUUAAGCUUCACAUUUCCAGACAUGAUCUUACCUCUGGCAAGAAUGUGACUCAGCUUAUCUAUUCCAAACUACCGAACAACUUCUUUAAAGUAUUUGUAAAAGUUGAGUUGGUUCUUCUACCUGAACGGGAAAGCUUCGGAGCCAAAUAUGCGCACGCUUCCAUCCUUCAUCACAAAACUAUAAAGAACAAUCGGUUCGAGACUGCACUUCAUGUAUGUUAACACACAAAUAAGCCAAGAUGAUUCAAUUGAGAACCUCUGAUUAGUGAUAAAUAGUUCUCUUGAUACACUUUUCAUCGACCGGUGUGGCUCUCCAACAGUUUGUCCUGAGUCACAUGUGUCUGUGAACUUCUCCUCCCUGCUACUGACACCAUCCACACUUACUCAUGUAAAUCAGGGAAUCUGAAUCUGCUCUGUGGAACCCAGGAGACGAGUGUGGAUCCACCACAGCAUGUACGCAAAACUGUUAAUGUGUUGUUAACAUAGUGUUCAUUUUUUUGUUGACUCAGUGCAAAGAACACAUCACCUGUGUGUUGCUCUCUACAUCAGAUUGUACACGUGCAGGCUUCACUUUUGUUGAACACACACACUCGCAGCACACAACCACAGUGGGGACGCUGCACAAACUGAAAAGCCAACCUGUUUCUGACACACUCAGAAUGAUUGUAAAACCUGCGUGUAAACUUGUGAAUAAAAUUUAACAUCUGCUUUUACAGUUAAAA